CGCUGCACUCUCCCAGACAGGAAGCGGGAGAGUUCGCCAGUAUGGCUGUGACAGCCGUCCCUGCUAGAGUGGUCGUGGGCGGCUCCGGGCAUGAUAACAGAGCCGCAAGGCAGAAGGCGGGCAUGUGCGAUCAGUUUUGACAACGCCUAGAAAACAACACGUAAAACAGUCUCUCUGUCAUGGGAGCAUUCAGUGCCUCUGAACCAGUUCAGUCUUGUCUGCAUGACUCCUCCUGGGGCUGAGAAAAAUCGACCAGGCAUCUGCCCUUUUAGAAGAGAGCAGAAAAUGAAGUCCCAGGCCUUAGUAUCAUUCAAGGAUGUGGCUGUGGAUUUUACCCAAGAGGAGUGGCAGCAACUGGACCCUGCCCAGAGGACCCUGUACAGGGAUGUGAUGCUGGAGAACUUCAGCCACCUGGUCUCAAUGGGAUAUCCAGUUUCCAAACCAGAUGUCAUCUCUAAGUUGGAACAAGGAGAAGAUCCAUGGAUCAUAAAGAGAGACAUACCAAAUUGGAUCUAUCCAGAUGAAAAUCAGGCAGAUGGGAGACAAGACAGGAAAAGUAACCUUGACAACCCCAAAUCAUGUAUUUUGGGGUCUGUUUCCUUCCGUAAUAAUAUCCUGAAAGGAGUCACAAAGGAUGGUUCAUUUUACUCCAUCUUAAAAGUCAGUCAAGAUGGUGGCCAGCUGCAGAGAUGUCAGGAAAACCAAGACAGACUUUUCAGGCAAGUAGCAGUCAUCAACAACAAAACCGUGACUGUGGAGUCAGGCCAUAAAUAUAAUCCACUGGGAAAAAUAUUUCACAAGUGCAUAGAGCCAGAUACUUUAAGGCAAAGAUCCCAUAACUAUGAUGUAUUUAAAAAGAACUUGAAAUACAAUGUUGACCUACGCAGCUGUAAUAAGAGCAAUUCAAGAAAAAACCCUGAUGAGAGUUUUGGGUGUGGAAAAUCAUCUAGCCAUGGUGCAUCUGAUUCUAAUCUUGAAAUAAUUCACAAUGGAGUAAUGCCCUGUAAUAAUAAUCAGUGUGGAAACAUUUUUAAUAGUAAACAAUCCCUUAUUCAAUAUCACAAUGUUGAAACUAAGGAGAAAACCUGUGUAUGUAUUACCUGUGGAAAAGCCUUUGCUAAGAAGUCACAGCUCAUUGUACAUCAACGAAUUCAUACUGGAAAGAAACCAUAUGAUUGUGGUGCAUGUGGGAAAGCCUUCAGUGAGAAGUUUCAUCUCGUUGUACAUCAGAGAACUCAUACUGGGGAGAAACCUUAUGAAUGUUCUGAAUGUGGAAAAGCUUUCUCUCAAAAAUCAUCCCUCAUUAUACAUCAGAGAGUUCACACUGGGGAAAAACCCUAUCAGUGUAGUGAAUGUGGGAAAGCCUUCUCCCAGAAAUCCCCCCUCAUUAUACAUCAGAGAAUUCACACUGGAGAGAAACCUUACGAAUGUAGAGAGUGUGGGAAGGCCUUCUCCCAGAAGUCACAGCUGAUUAUACAUCAUAGAGCUCAUACUGGAGAGAAGCCAUAUGAAUGUACUGAAUGUGGGAAAGCCUUCUGUGAGAAGUCCCACCUCAUUAUACAUAAAAGAAUUCACACUGGGGAGAAACCCUACAAAUGUGCUCAAUGUGAGGAAGCCUUCAGCAGGAAGACAGAACUCAUUACACAUCAGUUAAUUCAUACUGGGGAGAAACCUUAUGAAUGUACUGAAUGUGGGAAGACCUUCUCCCGGAAGUCACAGCUCAUCAUACACCAGAGAACACAUACUGGAGAGAAACCCUAUAAAUGCAGUGAAUGCGGAAAAGCCUUCUGUCAGAAAUCACAUCUCAUUGGACAUCAGAGAAUUCACACAGGAGAAAAACCUUAUAUAUGCAGUGAAUGUGGGAAAGCCUUCUCUCAGAAGUCCCACCUCCCGGGGCAUCAGCGCAUUCAUACAGGAGAGAAACCUUACGUGUGUGCUGAAUGUGGAAAGGCCUUUUCCCAGAAGUCAGACCUUGUUUUACAUCGGAGAAUUCAUACUGGGGAAAGACCUUAUCGGUGUGCUGUAUGUGGUAAAGCAUUCAUCCAGAAGUCACAACUCACUGUACACCAGAGAAUUCAUAACAAUGGUAAAAUUAUAAUGAACUGAACACAGAAAAGCCUUCUCAGUAUUAGCUCAAGCCUUAAAAAUACUAAGAACCUGAUUGAUACUUAUGGGACAUCUUUAUAGAUAAAAUUUAAUAAGAGAAUUCAUGUCUAUAGUGAGAUGAUACCUAGCUCAGCAAAGAUGAUGGAAAAUAAUCUUAAAUGAAGAACACUUUCAACAUGGUAUGUAAAAAUUUUUAAAGUCAUGGUCUGUAGAACAAAUUAUGUAUAUAAACUAUUGUCAAGUGACAUAUUCUUUAUUAUGCCACAUUAACAAUAACCAGACAUUGUGAAAUUGCUAAUAUUAGCUUGGCAUAAUUUUGGCCAUACAGUAAGUCCCAACAAAGGACAUGAAGAAAGCUUGAGUUAAAAAACAAAACAAAAACAAACCAUUCCUAGAAACUACAUCAUAAGGAGGGGCUUAGCAUGACCCCUAAAGAUAUAUGUAAAAUUCUUGUACAAAGAUGGAAAUAUGGGUGGGUCAGAUUCAAUACAGGUGAUGUUUAUGCAUUUUCCCAUUUCAAGCAUAUAAGUUGACCUGUCUCUCUGGAAGGAUCCUGGACCUUGAAAUGAUGCGCCUUGACCAGAUCUCCGUUUUAUUCUUCCUCCCUGAGUUUGGUAUUGUGGAAAUGGUUAGGUACUGAGCCAGAUGGCCUUGUGUUUUAAUCCUGGCUCAGCUAUUCACAGAUUGUGUGACUUCAGGCAAUCCUGUUUCACCCAUCUGAAUAUUUUUUUCUUAUCAUUAAAAAAAAAAAAAGUACAAUGUAGAGCACGUUUUCAGUUAAUAUUAGUUCUUUUUAACUUUCUAUCCUGCAACUGGAUGCUAAGACUAAUGUGUAAAAGCUGCAUCUAAACUUGCUUUGCAUUUCAGACACUCUGCUUUUGAUAUCCCAUUCCCACGACUGUUCAUUUGACCCUGGUGGCCUUGAUUCUUGGUAUGUUAAAGUGACAUUUUAUGAUACUUUUAUUAUUUUUUACAUACAUUUAUAUAAACUGUGGUCAUUACA